AUGCCUCGAGGCGUCGGCAAAACGGUGAAGCGAUCGGGUAAUGGCGGCUCUCCUGCCUCGAAAGUACUCCAGCCUAAGUCGACAAAUGUCUUGAAGCGGCGGCUGAGCAGUGUUUACGAAGGGAAAAGCGGAUUUCAAUACUCAGACCCAAGCUCAAAGCGUGUUGCCAAGUCUUUAUCAUACCAUACAAGUCAGAAAGCUGAGUGGGAUAUUGCGGGCCAGUACAAGAUCACAAGUGUCAAUCAAGAUGUGGAUACGAGUGGGUUUUCUCUGAAGUUAUUCCACUUCAAUAACGGCGUCGACCACCAUCUCUAUGCUACGUUUGUCUUUGACAAACUUGAAGGAAUCAUGCGGAUGGCACCCCGCGAGGCUAUGAAAUCAAGACCUCUGGGUAGAUUUCAUCUCGAUGACUUUGAAAAGGCGUGUGAGCUGGAGCAGGCACUGGAGCCUGUUCCGAGACAUGAGUCCUGGGUCAUGAGGUGGAGAGCAAAAGACGGCGGGAUGCGGUUGGGCGAAUUGGUUGACGACGGCUUGAAUAAUUCGUUUAAGGUUUCGAUGGAUGAGGGCUCUUCAAGGAAAGAAUAUAUCGGCGUGGAAGUUGCCUUUGAUAUCGACUACAACAACCGUGUUUUCAAUUUCAAGGCGAUGAAGACCGGGAACCUGGAAACCGAAAUUGCAGUUCCACUACAAGUCUUGGUGUCGAAAUGGGAGAGCCUGAGAAAAUGUGAUCAGGCCCAUUCGAGCGAUGAUGAUGAGCCUUCAGAAGAAAUCCCUGUUUUUUUCUCGGUCGCUGACCAACUCAAGAGGAUGAAGGCUAAGCAAUGGGUCCAAACGGCACCUUCAUUGGAAGAAAGCUCAGUUGUGCCAGCCGGUGGUCUUAUGAGAACGAUGACGAAGCAGGCUGAGAAAUCGAUCUCAAAGGCACCUCCUGUCAUAGUGGCCAACGGACGCGGUGGAAUGAGUAAAGUCAUUGAAGCGCUUCCACGCUGGGCCUGGGAUGUGGCAGGAGAAUGGAAAGUUGAGCUUCCACAUCUUGCCUCGGCCCUUGGGUUUGACAAGAAGAAGCCCUGGACGAUGCAUUUCCAAGUGUCAAACAACCCAUUGCACACGAGAGUCGGACGUCAAUUAUGGGCACGUUUGAGUUUUGGAGACUUGAGAGGUUACAUGAGGUUCUGCCCUAUGCUCGGAAGCUUGAGAGAUGGGCCAGAGACAGUAAAGAGGUUCGAAGAGGCAUGUGUCUUACCCACCGGAUGUUGGCCAGGUCCAGGUCCUGACGGACAACAAAAAUGGCUAUUAAGAUGGAGGGGGGAGGGCAGUUAUUAUGGCACAAAACAGGGCAGCGAUCAGCAGCAGAAUAAUUGCAUUUUUGAAAAAGCGAAGGACGGAAGCCUCACAUUCUCCGGCGUGAUGUUCUAUGACGGGCAACCUCUCCUCCUCAAGGCCAAGCAAGUGGAGGGGGCACCACUGGAAAAGGGCAACUCCGUGACGAUUUCCACUUGCUGGAACUCCUCGAAACCAGUUGAUCUGUCAAGGGCAAGACGUUAUAUUGUUUCUGCGUAG